AGCUCCGAUAUUUGCCGAGUGUAGCCGAGAUCAUCCGGAAGUGAGACCAGUAAAGAAACGGUCGCUGCUCUACAUCUUACACACACUAGCUUUUUAGUGUUAGUUACAAAUCCGGCCACCUGUAAAACUUGUUUCACCCGCCACCAUGUCCGCGUUGUGCUAUAAUAAGGGAUGUGGGCAGCGAUUUGAUCCGGAAAAUAACCCAGACGAUUGCUGCACCUAUCACCCAGGAGUCCCAGUAUUCCACGAUGCAUUGAAGGGAUGGUCCUGCUGCAAGAGAAGAACUACAGACUUCUCAGACUUCCUCAGCAUUGCUGGCUGUACAAAAGGCCCCCACAACAAGGAGAAGCCCCCUGAGCCGGUGAAACCAGAUGUGACCUCAUCAGGAGGAAAGAAAGACGCAGAUGACCAAAAACCAAAGUUUAACGAGUACAUCAUCUCCGCACCUAAACCCCAGGAGGCGAUACGCAGGCCCAGUGCUGAUGAGCCGUUAGUGAGAAUGCAGCAUAAAGUCUCUGCUUCUCUGAGGCAGGCUCUGGAGAAACUGAAGCUAUCUGAAAAUGCGGCUGAGAAGAAUGAGGAAGAUAGUGACGAGAUCAAGAUUGGAACAUCCUGUAAAAAUGGAGGAUGUACAAAAAGUUUUGAAGGACCUGUAAGCGAUUCAGAUGUGUGCUCAUACCACCCUGGAUUUCCUAUCUUCCAUGAAGGGAUGAAAUACUGGAGCUGCUGUAAGAGGAAAACCUCCGACUUUAACACCUUCCUCUCUCAAGAGGGCUGCGCAAAGGGAACACAUCUGUGGAAGAAGAAAGAUGCGGGUAAGAAAGUGGUUCCAUGUCGGUUUGACUGGCACCAGACCGGGGCGCAGGUCAUCAUCUCUAUCUACGCCAAGAACGCCGUCCCAGAGCUGAGCUACGUGGAUGCAAACAGCACCAUUCUCAACAUCCACGUUAUAUUUGAGGGAGAGAAGGAAUUUGAUCAGAAAAUUAGCUUGUGGGGAGUGAUAGAUGUAAGUAAAAGCACAGUGAACAUGAUGGCUGCCAAGAUCGAGAUAGCCAUGAAGAAGUCUGAGCCCAUGUCAUGGGCUCGUCUGGACCUUCCUCCCCCCCUUGCCCCCCCCCAGGAGAACGAGAAGAAAAAAGAGGAGACUGAUAGUGAGGAUGAAGAUGAAUGAUGAGGAAUUAAAAUUAAAACAUAGUGUUUAUUUUUAGCUGAAUCUAAGGCCACACAGUCCAUUUCUUACCUCUUUUAAAGAUUUGCCUCUUCUGCUGUCAUGGAACUUUGGCCUCUACUCUUCAACACUGCAGUGUUUCCCUUUUCACUCUUAGUUGUCAACUUUCUUGAUUUGGCCUGUUUUUCUCAAGUUUUGGCUCUUUUUUUUUUUAUUGCUUAUCAUUAUAUUAUUGCUAAUCAUUAUAUAGGUUGGAAUGCUGAAGAAUCUUCAAGUAUAUUUUACACCCAUUUUUCACUCAAGUACUGAAUGAACACUGACUUUUAAACUUUCAAUCAAGUCAGAUGAUGACACACUUGCACUGAAAUCCCCUGGGAAAUAACACUGCGCACUUAGGAGUCAGCUGUGACCAUGCUUGAUCUCGGACCCAUAAAGCCUUUCAUGUGAACUGCUCACAUCGUAAUGGACCACAGUUGUGACCAUUUUCUAUUUCACCAAUGUUUGGUAAAAGAUUCAUUCCAUCCUUUGGUGUCAUAAAUUGUAUAAAUUAUUGCAUUGUUUUGUCCACAGGUAUCACGUCAGGCUAAAUGCUGUCUUCACAGAUAUGUUCCCUGGUCUGUGUGAUAAUGAAGCUGCUCUAUGUAGUUUGAGUAAGAAAUUUGGAACUCUAAAACGUCCACAUUUGCAUAAUAUGGAGUGUAUUCUGAAUAAACUGUUAGAAGAAAUACAAUAGUUUCUUGGGACUCUUACACUUAGUAAUGAAAUGUUUGACAGCUGUACUAUGACCAUCCCACCUUUAGCACAGUUAAAAUUGUAGAUUUGCUCCAAAUUUGUUAUGUUUUUGGGUUGCCUGUCCAUCUGCCCUAUUCAUGUGAAUGCGAUGUCUCAGGAACGCCUUAAGGGAAUUUCUUCCAAGUUUGACAGAAAUGUCCACUUGGACUAGAGGAUAAAUUGAUUAGAAUUUGGGGGCCAAAGGUCAAGAUCACUGUGACAUCACUAAACGUGUUUCUGGCCAUAAUUCAAGAACUGAUGACCGUAUUUCACAGUUGACAAUGAAAUAGUGACACGUUUGACUCGAAGGUCACUGUGACCUCAAAAUGACCUUAACAAACGCAUUUGUGGCCAUAACUCAAGAACUGAUAAUAAUGGUAAUUAUGGACUGAUGUUUAAUGGAAUACAACAGAUAAACAUUUUUGUUUUACCGAAAAGGUUAAAAGUCAACAUCACAGUGACAUCUUAAUGUCCUGGAAAAAAUGUGUUUUGCCAUUAUUCAGCAAUGUAACUCAGGAACCGAAGGGGAUUGUGACCGUAUUUUACAGUUAGUCAGACACUGAAUAGGUGACACUUUUCACCCAAAGGUCAAAAUAGGUUUAAAGCUCUCAUUAAACAAUUCAUUUGAUGAUUUCACACACGUUGACUUGGAUGACAAAAUGAGUACAUCAUAACUAGCACAGUACGGGCUUUCCUCCAUCUCAUCCAUUCUGCCAUUCACUUCCUGCCUCAUUCUGAAUUUUGAAUGUCAUUGGAUUCAUGUGACUGCAGACAAUGUAUUGGAGCAUGCUUAGCUUAUCAUAAUUCUGUGAGUGAGUAAGAGUCAUUUACAGUUCAGAGAGGCUUUGCAUCUAAAAAUAACAUGAUUUACUUAAUUAUACCUAAUGUAUUAAGAUUUGCUUCCAAAUGAUCAAACCUAUAUCUAUGUCCUCAUUUCUUGUCAAAACAACAUAGUGCAGUUUUAAUAAUGAGAAUGUACUGUAAUGUAUGAGAAUGUCAAUUAAAUACAAAGCAUUUUGAGCAAAGUACUGUAUUAUAAAAAUGCUAUGCUAGACAGCAUGUCUCAAGGCUUAGAAUGCAUGAAUUAAAUUUGACUGAAUGAGACCAUGACAUAAGGGUAAAGUUAUUAGGGAACCAAUUUAUCUUACCAAAAAUAAACUUCUGUGUUGAACUUUCUUUUAAAAA